GAAGUUUAGUUUUCUCCUGCUUCACCCGGGGUAAAGUGGCUGUGGCGCCCCUGGCGUCUCCUCGGAGCGCAUGCAGCUCCAUGGCAGAAAGCAUGGGUUAUAAUGAUCACAGAUCAUUUAAUCUAACUAAAAAAUUACAACAAUCAUUUCCUCAAGGGGGUGUGCCCACCCCCGUCCACUCGGCUUUAGCACGGCACCGCACGGCUCGACUCGACUCACAGCUGCCAGCCCAGGCCCUCCUCCUCCAGGGCUGCGUGAGCUGGUGUUUGAUUGGAUUAGAGUCCCUCGCCUUUGCCCUCUCACCCCGCUGAUGUUGGCUGCCUGCUUCCUGCUCCCUUCGCUACCCUGGACCGACUGACGAAUCCUGCCGAAGCCGCACGGCGAAGCGCCCUGCACGCACACAGCCGACCGGGACGAGCCGCUACAGCCUGAGCCGAGCGGAGCCGAGCCACGAAGCCCAGGACGAAAGAACGAGGCAGCCAUGCGGAGGAAAUCGAGGAUACUGUUGUGUUUUGCGGUGCUGUGGGUGCUGGGGAUAGCAUACUACUUCUACUCGGGGACAGCGCUGAGUCGAAAGGACGAGUGGGGUUCUAGUGACUCAUCUAGUCGGAGCAAAGCUCACGGCUCUGACGACAAGGUUCACAGCCUGGAGACACUGCCACCAGGUAAAGUGCGUUGGCAGGACUUUGACCAGGAUCUGUACGUUGGAGCCACGGUUGUCCGACCAGGCCAGGACCCGUACGCCAGGAACAAGUUCAACCAGGUGGAGAGCGACAAACUACGUAUGGACAGAGCCGUGCCCGAUACAAGACAUGACCAUUGCAGACAUAAACAAUGGAAGUCAGACCUUCCGGCCUCCAGCGUCGUCAUCACCUUCCACAACGAAGCUCGCUCUGCUCUGCUGCGGACUGUGGUCAGCGUCUUGAAGAAAAGUCCUCCUCAGUUGGUCAAAGAGAUCAUUCUGGUGGACGACUAUAGUGAUAACCCGGAGGAUGGAGCGUUGCUAGGGAAGAUUGAGAAAGUGCGUGUGUUGAGGAACGACCGCAGAGAAGGACUGAUGCGUUCGAGGGUUCGUGGUGCAGAUGCUGCCACGGCGCCGGUCCUCACCUUUCUGGACUCUCACUGUGAAUGUAAUGACCACUGGCUGGGGGGGCGAGUGGCCGAGGAUAAGACCAGAGUAGUUUCUCCAAUUAUUGAUGUCAUUAACAUGGACAACUUCCAGUAUGUAGGGGCCUCGGCCGACCUGAAAGGAGGUUUUGACUGGAAUUUGGUGUUUAAAUGGGACUACAUGACUCUGGACCAGAGGCGGGCCAGACAAGGCAACCCCAUCGCCCCCAUAAAGACUCCUAUGAUAGCAGGAGGCCUGUUUGUCAUGGAUAAGGAAUACUUUGAGCAGCUGGGGAAGUACGACAUGAUGAUGGAUGUAUGGGGAGGAGAAAACCUGGAGAUCUCUUUCCGUGUGUGGCAGUGCGGCGGCAGCCUGGAGAUCAUCCCCUGCAGCAGAGUUGGCCACGUUUUCAGAAAGCAACAUCCAUAUACCUUCCCCGGGGGCAGUGGCACUGUGUUUGCAAGGAACACAAGGAGAGCAGCAGAGGUGUGGAUGGAUGAGUACAAAAACUUCUACUAUGCUGCUGUCCCCUCAGCCAGAAAUGUCCCCUAUGGAAACAUCCAGAGUCGUUUGGAGAUGAAGAAGAGAUUAGGCUGUAAGCCAUUUAAAUGGUAUCUGGAGAACGUCUACCCUGAACUGAGGGUCCCAGAUCACCAGGACAUUGCGUUUGGCGCCUUGCAGCAGGGAGGAAACUGUUUGGACACCCUGGGUCAUUUUACUGAUGGGGUGGUGGGCGUCUACGAAUGCCACAAUGCCGGGGGAAACCAGGUAGCAUUACAGCAACGACACAUACAGGAAUGGGCUCUCACCAAGGAUAAAUCAGUUAAACACAUGGACUUGUGUCUGACUGUGGUGGACAGAACAGCCGGCUCCCUCAUCAGACUACAAGGCUGUCGAGAGAAUGACAGCAGACAGAAAUGGGAGCAGAUCGAGUCUAACUCCAAGCUUCGCCACGUGGGCAGUAACCUGUGUCUGGACAGCCGCAGUGCCAGAAUGGGUGGACUCACCGUGGAGGUGUGCAGCCUCAGCCUCAACCAGCAGUGGAAGUUCACUCUAAAUUUACAAUCAUAGGGGACGCUACAGACCGCAAGAAUUGGACAGACACAACAAUAGACUGAGAGAGAUAGAUGUAGGCUCGAGGAGAACGACAAACUCGAUGGGUACACGGAUCCUCGUCGGAGCCACGUCUACACUCUCUCCCACCUCACCCCUCCCAAAAAACAACAAUGAGCCACACCCACUGUGGGAGGGGCUUAUAGACCGUAAUGGAAUAAACAGGAACCUGGAUGGUGACAGCGAGGAUCAUGACGAAUGCGGUGAAGAGGCUCUCCAUUCAAAUUGCAUACCUCAGUGUUUUUUCAUUGAUGGCUCCAGACAAGUGAAUUCUUUCUGUUCUGUAACUUUCUUCAGUGCAGGUGAAAUAGAACUCUGAUGUUUUAAUUUGUAAUUAUUUUAUUUUCAUAUUAAUUUUUUUUUUUUUUUCCUU